UGUACUGUAUAUGUUUAUGUUUCUUGUCCGUUGUACAUUGUCGCCGUCCUUCUCUUUUUCAUCGUCUGUCCGUUUCUACGUAACAUUUAUCAGCAUGAGUGGUGGAAUUUGGAAUAGUUUCUGGUCUAAGCUAAGAAAAAAAGGUGCUUCACCAGAUAAGUCCUCAGAGCCUCAAGGUCAGGAACAAUACAAAGUAAAUAAACAACACAAUUAUGAUGAAGUUGACCUUGACCAAGCAUCAAGAGAACCAAACUGGGAUGUGGAAAAGAAGCCUAGAAAUUACGAUCAGGUUGACAUAGGAGGAAACCAAUCAGAACAAAGGUCAAGAAAGCAAGGAGUAGGACAGCUGAACUAUAUAGAUGUGGAAUUUACUGACAAACCUCCAACAAAGCCGAAAAUGUCUGUGUCAGAGAAAGAGGCGUCGAAAGUGACUUAUAGUGAAGUGACAGUAGACGCCAUGAUAUAUGAAAACCAGUGAUACUGACAUCCUGUAUAUAGUUAUAUAUUGUAGUAUAUUAUUUGAAAUUAUUGUGUAAAGAGUUGGAGAGUAGAUUAUUAAAAUAUCGAAAUGAAACCUUCGAGAUUACCUAGACCAUUUUAAAAAGUAUAAGUGAAGUUUAAAACUUAAUAUGUUAUAAUACAAUACUUACAUGCAAUAAUUUUACUAUAAGUUUUAUGUUACAAAGUAUCUUAUUGGUUGACAACAAUGUUAACUAUGUUACAAUUUUUAAAAAAUGGUUUCUUCCGGUAUUUGAAUAACUAAGACUUUCCGUGAACUCAGGGUAAGUUAAUGGCACUAACAGGUUACUUAUUGCGCAUGCUUAAUAUGACAAACUGGAGCAGGAUAUUACAUUUGUUUCAAUGUCAUAUGAGAUUUAACGAGUUUUUCCUAUAAUUUACCUCGACAGAGGCUUGUUAAAAUGAAAAACGUUGAGACUCGUUUCAUAGUCUUUUAUGAAUGUGAGCUUUCUCGCUUACAUUCACUUUGCCUUACACCCGGACAUUACAAAAAUGAAGAUAUACAAUGAAUCACGUGAUUUCGGAAUCAUUACACUUGAAGGAUUAGUGUAAAUGAGCUCGGCCGUCGUUGCAGAUGUGUAAUGUACCGGGUUGGAGGCGGACAAUACAUGUUAACCCUGUGUACGAACCGAUCGAUACUUAUAUUGAAGAUCCAUACGUGGUUUAGUGAUUUUUCUUCGGCACUUCUGAGUAUCUCACCCGAAAUGUUAAUUUAUAUUUACAUCAAAAUCUGACGAACGUACUGAAUCGAAUUACUGUAAUCCAUCCACGUGUUUUUGUUUACACAAUAUAUAUUGCGUAACAAUCUAAAUUCAAGGUUUGAGAAAAAUAAUCAUUCACCCUCUUUAGGAUGAGAUAGAGGAUCUCAACCGUCGGGGAAGAUUAUUAAGUUGUCAAACACUCGGCAAGCCUCAUGUUUGACAACUUUAUGAUCUUUCUCUUCGGGUAGAGAUCUCUCCAUCUCAUCCUAAGGGAAUGACAAUUCUUUUAAUAUCAAAGAUUUGGUUUCACAUUAACAAACACUAGAAUUUAGUGGUCGUGUUGUAAGAGGAACGAUUGCUUCUGAUGUCCCUAAUUGUUAAGUUAUGUGGUUUAAGUUGUAACAUUAUGAUGUGAGUGUGUAUGUUGCGGAAUACAGUGUAGUUCCUGUGAAAAACUUUAAUUUUCUUAAUCAUCAUUAAUUAUAUGAAUCUCAAAAUAAAUUUUCUGGUGGUAAAAGA